CUUGCGCGUGAGCAAUCUCACAACUCAUCUUUGUGGUGAGUUCGUUUCCUUUUUCGGUUUGUGAGGAAAAAUAACUUGAAUAAUGGCAUCACGUGCAUUGUUAAAAGUGUGUAUCGGAGAUGUUCUUCAUAAUAAUAGAAUGACAUUUGGCAGAACGAUUUUUACUACUAGUUUGAAUAACAAAUCUAUUGUACCAAAGGAUCCUGAGUUAAAACACGAUGAAGAAUAUCUCUUGCCACCGGCAGAACAACAAUAUCGACAAAAGCUAAGGGGGGACAUCGCAAUUCCCGUACCUGAAAAUGUUGGUAUCGUAUCGGGUGUCCCCGAAGAACACAUAAAAACUCGUAAAGUUCGUAUCUAUCAGCCAGCAAAGAGUGCCAUGCAGUCUGGAACGAAUAAUAUUGAUUUCUGGCAGAUCGAUUUUGAUACACGCGAACGAUGGGAAAAUCCUUUAAUGGGAUGGUGCUCUACAGGCGACCCAAUGUCAAAUAUGAAGGUUGACUUUCAAAGCCCGGAAGAAGCGAUAGAGCAUUGCCAGAAAAUGGGUUGGGAUUACUACAUUCAAAAGCCUAAUCGUAGUCAACCAAAGCCACGUACGUACGGUAUGAAUUUCUCUUGGAACAAACGCACCAGAGUGUCCACGAAGUAAGUCAAAAAUACAUAUAUGUAGUCGUCGUUGAACAUUGUAAUGGUGUAUUUUAAUAAUUUCACUUGUAUAUAAAGAAGCGUAUCUAAUAAAAAUGCAAGACCUUUAGGUUUAAAUAGUACACGUUCGUCGCUGUUUUCAUGGUGAUAGACGUAUCACGGUAGCACCUUAGCGCUCGACCUCGUAAUACGAUUACGAAAAUAAUAUGAAGUACACUCGUUAUUAGCAAUAAACUCGAUUAUUUAUUGUUUAGGAAUAAUUAUAUAAUAGUUUUAUGAUAUAAUAAUUUUAUCGUAUUAUUAGUAAAACAAGCAAAAAGUUCUUAUACAAUAAAGUCUAACUUUGUUCUUGC